ACAGCGCAAUGCAAUCCAUUGAAAAGGGACGUCUUAUGCAACAGCCGCGAGCGCCGCGCCGCCGGCCCGCCGCCUCAUUACCGUGGAACACUCCGAGCCACCAGCAACCUCAGAAUAUUCACUCACUCACCAACCUGCGUGUGCGCACGAAAUUUAUAGAACGGAUUAGCGCCCAGCGUUGCGUGAAAAGCAGGCUUCUCAUUGGCAAAGAGCUAGCCGAAUUUGUGCAACCCAAAAUGAGAAAGAACUCGUUUAAUUUACAUAAGAAGUAGCCACGCACCGAGGCGGGGGUCGCCAGUGUGCCCCGCAGGCCGGUAUCAGAACGUCGCAUUGUUUUUUUUACGGGCAGUGUGUGAGAAGGACUCGCGCGAUGUGUGAUCGACGUCUGGUUCUUCUGCUGGCGGUGGCCGCGGCAGUGGUCGGGGAUUGCGCAGCCAAAUUAGCACCGGACUUCAUCGUCCCGUGCAACAACACUGACCCAGCGUGUCUCGUGAAGGCGACCCAGAACGCCAUCCCGGAGUUCUCCAAGGGAAUCCCCGGCCUUGGAGUGCCCUCAUUGGACCCCUUCAUCAUCGACAACCUGCCCAUCCAGCUGCCCGGGGUCAAGGUCACCUUCUCAGACGGGAAGGCCACGGGACUGAGGAAGUGCGAAGUGCGGAAUGUUGAGGCGUACCUCGAGAAGAACAUCUUCAAGCUGGAGGUGAAGUGCAACAUCACCAUCAAGGGCAAGUACACGGCGGUGGGCCGCUUGCUGCUGUUCCCCAUCAAUGGAGAGGGAGACGCCAAGAUUAAAAUUGUGAACUCCAUCAUCAAGCUGGACAUCAAAACCAAGUACUACAAGGAUGAAGAGGGCCGCGACCACUUCGGCAUCAAGAGUUAUUUGUACACCUUUGACUACGGCGAGAGGAUCUUCUACGUCAUCACCAACUUGUUCAAGGGGAACCCUGAGCUGAGCAAUACUGUACUCCAAUUCCUGAACGAAAACUGGAGGACAGUCACCGAAGAGUUCGGGAAACCAGUCGUGGACUACGCCAUCAAUGUCACCAUCGAGACUGCUAGAAAAUUCUUCAGCGCUGUCCCCUACGACGAGUUGCUACAUGUACCUAUACCGCCUUACUCAUGAGGUGCUGAUAGCUUUAAGAAUGUAGGAAUUUGGAGUAGAAUACAGGGUCUUCUUUCUUGAUUUUCUUUUGUUGUCUUCUCUUACUGUUGUUUUUUAGACUAGCCGUCUUAUGAUAUUAUCAGAAUAUUUAUCUAAAGUUCUUGUAACGUUGAAUAUUUAAAACUUUAUCAGGUUCUUGUUUACUUACUUUUGUAUUGUUUUCUAUUAGUUUUACGUUACUUCUUCUAUAAUUUACACCACCGAGCUCCUUUAAAGUAGGUACCUAUUUGUUGUAUAUUUUCUACAGAUUUAAUAUUUACAUUUUGAUGUCUUCUUAAUUAGUUAGUAGAGAUUAAAAUCAUUUCAAUUUCCUGUUAAUUAUAUAUACCUACUUAAUUUUUUCAUGAAAAAUGACGCUUUUAUUAAGGAUACAGGUAAAAAAUAUAAAAAUUACAGUUUUUUUUACAGUUACUUACCUGCCUGCUGAAUAUCUUGAAUUGAUUUUAGUUAAUACUUACAUCUCCAUAACAGUAAGAUAAUAAUUUGUAAAAAUCUCAUGAUGAAAUAAUGGUAUGACAUAAGCUUUACAUAAAUAGUUUAGUAGCAAAUUUUUAUUACCAUGUUAUAGUUUAUAGUUUUUGUUUUGGAUAAAAUUACGGGACGACAGAAUGGCUGAACUUAAAGGUGUUAGUAAGGUCUUGAUGUGCAAAAGUAUGAAUCAUUCACAUCUCUACAUAAUGUAAUUAGGAGAUUCUCUUUUUCGUCUCGACCACUGAUAACCGCUUACCAUGCAGUCUCGAAUAAGUAUCUUUUUUGUUUAAUCGUACGUUACAUACUUCUAUUGGACUGUACUAAAAACCUUUUAAUUAAUUAUGUAUUGGUACGUACAAUUAGGUAGGAUAAUCACAGUUACCAAUAGUUAUUAAGUUUAUAAAUAAAUAUAUUGUAAAUACUGAAA